AUGAUGCAGAAACUGCCCUCGCUACCCCGGAUGGUCCGCAACGACUCCAAGGCCGCCCCCAAAUGCAUUGGAGCCGGGGACUUCGGGAAAGACUUCCAUCGAAACUUCAUCGUGGGGAGCAAGAAAAUCGCGCAAGGGACGACCGCCAACUUAUACGAGGGCAAAAUGAAGUGCAAGAGAGAAACAGACUGCCGCCGCUACGCGAUUAACAAAGUCGGGGGGUUUCAGCUUCGUAAGCUCCAAAAGGAGGCCAUGAGUCGAGAGAUGGGUAUCCUGAAGAUUCUGGAACAUCCGAACAUCGUAAAGGUAUUUCACCUCUACCGCACCCCCUGGACGUACUACAUGGUGCUCGAGUACCUGAGCGGAGGCGAGCUCCUCGACGGGAUCGUCCGAAAGGACAGCUACAUCGAGAGGGAAGCGAGAGACGUGUGCAAGGUGCUGGUGGAUGCCGUCAGCCACCUCCACGACAAGUCCAUCGUUCAUCGAGACCUGAAGCCGGGAAGCAUCCUGCUCGCCAACCCGGAGGACCAGGAGGGAGACCAAGGCACCGCCAGCACCUCUACUACCACCCCCCCCGCAAAAGUCUCCACCUCCCCCCCGAAGGUCACCAGCACUAGCAGGGAGGAGAUCAGGGGCAACAUGAAGGUAACAACGACAACUACGACGACGAUCACCACCGUCGUCACGACCACCCCAGUCGUCGCCCCCGCCAGGGUAUCCAGCGACAGCCUCAAGAUCACCGACUUCGGUAAGGCGCGCAGUGUUCGCGAAGGACCCAUCAAGUCCGCCUGGGUCAAGAGUGAGUUCAGCGCGCCGGAGAUGCUGAUGCAAGAGGCCCACGGCCCGCCGGUCGACAUGUGGAGCCUGGGCUUGAUCACCCACAUCCUCCUUAGCGGGAACAACCCGUUCUUCCACGAGGAUGAGCAGCAGAUGUUCUUGAGGGUAGCGAAGGGGGCCUGCGAGUUCAAGCCGGAGAUUUGGAGGAGCAUCUCGCCGGAGGCCAAGGACUUCGUUGCAAAGCUGCUGAAGGUGGACCCGGAGAAGCGGAUGACGGCGCAGGAGGCUAAGAGCCACGCCUGGCUCCACGCUGCCGGAGAAAGCUUGGGGGCCGGCGACCUCCGUGGCAACCUGGAGGGGUACAAGGUAUCGGACGCCAAGAGGAAGCUGCGGGCGUUGAUGAAGACGUUGGUGGUGGCCAAGCGUUUGGUGGACAGCCUGCAGCCCACCAAGCCGGACCUUUCGAAGUACGCCUGCGUGAAGAAGCUGGGCGAGGGGGCCUACGGGCAGGUCUUCCAGGCCACCCGCAUCGCCAGCGGCGACGCCAGUGCUGCCGGCGUAGGGGCGGCCCCCCGCUAUAUCGCCGUAAAACGCAUACAGAAGGAGGGCCUGACCAAGAAAGAGACAGGGGACAUCAUCAACGAGGCGAAUAUCAUGCGCGAGUUAAACCACCCAAACGUGGUAAGCAUCUACGGCUUCUACGAGGAUGACCCCAAGUAUUUCUACUUGGCUCUCGAGCUCAUGGAGGGCGGAGAGCUGCUGGACCGCAUCGUCCAGAAGACGUACUACAACGAAGCGGAGGCGAGAGACGUCUGCGUGCCGCUCCUGCGUGCCGUCGAGUACCUCCACAGCCAAGGCAUCGUACACCGCGAUCUGAAGCCCGAGAACUUGCUGCUGGCCUCCGCCAGCGAUGCCACCAGCAUUAGGCUGGCCGACUUCGGGUUCGCCGCUAGCAUCCGUGACGGCGACCUCAUCAACGGGUGCGGGACACCUUUCUACGUCGCGCCGGAGAUGCUCAAGAACGUCCCCUACGGCGCGUCGGUGGACAUGUGGAGCGUCGGCGUGAUCAUCUUCGUCCUGCUGGCCGGCAGGCCGCCGUUCCACGACAGGGACCAGAAGUUAAUGUUCCGGAAAAUCAAGAGCGGGGAAUACCAGUUCAAGGGAGAUUUCUGGCAGGGGAUUUCUGGCGAUGCUAAGGACCUCAUCACCAAGCUACUGACCGUCGAUCCCGCCAAGCGAUUGACGGCGAGCGAGGCCUGCAAACACCCCUGGCUCACCACCGACGCCCCGAACCUGUCCUGCCACAACCUGAGCGCGCGCCUGGAGCAGCUCAAGGUUUUCAAUACCGUGCGGAAGCUGCGUGCUGCCGUCAAGACGGUGGUGGCGAUGAGCAUGUUUGCCAAGAGACUCGAAGCAGUGCAAUGCCCGACUGGGUGAGGGUCCCCAUCCAGCGGGGCCACGUCCUCCUAAACUCGAUCGCGCUAGAACCCCCCCCCCCGUGUGUGUACGCCGUUUCGAGUCGCCGCUGCGCGAGCGAGCGACGAGACUCGCCGCCGGUCUGUUUGAAACGAACGGUCCGGCGCGGGGGGUUGUAUCGACGAUGGUGACGUAAAUAUUUGCGCAGCGGUCGGGGGGGUCCUGGGGCCAAAAGUGCGGGAGGUCUCCCCAACACUUUCGGCCCCCAGUUUGUUGGGGGGGGGGGGG